AUGGACCCUCCCAAAGAAGAGUUCAAAGCUGGGCCAAUCCAUCACGAUGGCUCCGUCCUCGAGGCCAGCCAUUCUGAGUACGAUACCGAUGAUGCGUAUCUCAACUCUCUUGGAAAGUCGGCCGAGUUGCAUCGCGUCUACAAUUUCUGGACACUAUGCGCUUACCAAGUUAUGAUCAGCGCGACAUGGACAUGCGUCGUCGUUUUCUACGGAGUAAUUUUUGAUGUCGGCGGUCCAGCCUCCCUUCUAUACGGGUCCAUUAUCGUCGCCAUCGGCCAAACCCUACUCAUGGCCUCACUCGCUGAAUACUGUGGAAUCUGGCCUACAGCUGGUGGUCAGCAAUUCUACGUGCAGAAGCUCGCUACUGAAAAGUAUAGACCGUUUCUAUCAUACUUCGUCGGAUGGUGUCUGCUUCUGGCUGAGACUGCUACUGGAUCAUCGUGCGCCUUGAACACAGCUAACAUCAUUGGUACCAUGGUGUCCAUCUUUCACCCAAAUAUUGAUUGGAAGCCUUACCAAACACUUUUGAUAUAUUUUGGACUGUUGACUAUCCCGUUCUUGAUGAACUUGAAGCCCAGUGCGCUUCCUUUCUACAGCUCCGUCGGCGCCGUUUUCACGAUCCUGGGCUUUUUUGGCUGGGCUAUUACUCUGCUCGCCACAGCUCCCAAAUCCAGCGCCAAAUUCGUAUUUGCUAAGUUCAUAAAUAAUUCGGGAUACACCAAUAGCGGAUGGGUUUUCAUACUCAGCUUCUAUAGUCCUCUGUAUGGCCUUUAUGGUACGGAUAGCAUGAUGCAUUUGGUUGAGGAGAUGAAGAAUGCGUCUCAAGAUGCACCAAGAGCCAUGGUUUGGUCCAUGGCCCUUUCUGGAAUUGCUACUAUCGUCACUGAUCUUAUUUUACUAUUUUGUUGUGGCAAUUACGCCGAGUAUGUGACAUCCUUGUCACCUUAUGUCACUUGGUUCUCGGACGUGGCGGGAAAUGAGUACGCUGGUAUCUACAUCGCGAUCGUCUUUGCCGUUGUAAAUCUACUUGUUUGCACCGGUAUUCUGUCUUCGUGCUCCCGUCUUGGAUGGCGCAUGGCAGAGGACAAUGCAUUCCCAUGGUCCCAUCGUCUUGUUAAGAUCGACCACAAGCUACAAAUCCCUUUAAACUUUAUCUAUGCUAUUAUGGUGGUUGAGGUUAUUAUUGGACUUAUCUCUCUAGGCAGUGAAUUAGCCUACAACGCCAUUGUCAGUGGUGCUGGAGUUUGUUUCGCCCUUGCCUAUGCGAUACCAGUAACAGUUGCUCUUGUCCGAGGUCGUUCAAUUCUGCCCCCUCGCCCCCACUUCGAUCUUGGCAGAUGGGGAUACUUUGUGAACUACGUUGCCGUUGCAUGGGCUUUACUGACUAUUGUCAUCUACGUCAUGCCGUUAUAUCUUCCGGUCACAGGUGAGAAUAUUGGCAAUAUGAACUGGGCCGCACUUAUUGUUGGUGCAACGUUUCUGUUCUCUGGUGUUUGGUGGAUAUUCGGAGCAAGACAUCGAUACCUCAAGAAUGUGCAGGUUGAUAUCGAUCCGGUCUCUAUCGCAGUCCAGCAGUCCAGCAGUUCUUGA